GGCCCGCCAUGUUCACGCGGGGGUCCCGGCGGCGGCGAUCGGAGCGAGCCGCCCAGGACCCCGAGCGGGGCCGGCCGUGCCGGGUGUGCCGGGAGCUGUGCCCGGGCUUCCAGGAGCACCCCUGGAGGAAGCUGUGCCAGCACUGCAAGUGCCCGCGGGGGGAGCACGUGGGGGGCGGGGUGCCCCCGGCCCUGCAGGGGGUCCUGGCCCGGCUGCUCCCCGACUCCCACCCCCCCCCCGGCUCCGAGGACUCGGGGUGCUCGGCCGACGAGUUCGCGUGGGCGCCCCCCGGCCUCAGCCCUGACCAGGUGUGUCAGUACUUCUCGCUGCUCCCGCCCGCGCUGGUGCCGCGGCUUCGCAGCCCCGGGGAGCGGCACCGGCUGCGGGAGCUGCUGCGGCAGCUGCCCCCGCACGACCUCGAGCCCCAGUUUUGCCACGACCUGGACGAGGCCGAGCGUCGGGAGCUGAAACUUUUCGCCCAACGCCGCAAACGGGAGAAUUUGGGCCAAGGGAGCGUCCGGGCCCUGCCCCUGACCAGCGAGGGGGCCGUGUGCCAGCAGUGCGGAGCCGCCGUGCGCGGUGGGUCUCUGGCCGUGUUCGCGGCGCGGGCCGGGCUCGGGCUGUGCUGGCACCCGCGCUGUUUCCGGUGCCAGCAGUGCCAGCAGCCCCUCGUGGACCUGAUCUACUUCUGCCCCGGGGACAGCGGCGGGGCGCGGCUGCUGUGCGGGCGGCACCACGGGGACAGCGUGCGGCACCGGUGCCCCGGCUGCGAUGAGCUGAUUUUCGGGGGUCCCUGUGCCGAGGCCGGGGGGCGCCGUUGGCACCUGCGCCACCUGCGCUGCCUCGAGUGCGAGGGGGCCCUGGACCCCCAGAGCGUGCCCGGGGGGGAGGGGCAGCCCCUGUGCCCCCCCUGCCGCGCCCGCCGCGCCCACCUGUGCGACACCUGCGGGGACCCCAUCGAGCUGCAGGACCCCCACGUCACCCACAGGGGGCAGCACUGGCACCCCCUCCCCGGCUGUUUCCGCUGUGCCCCCUGCGGGCGCCCCCUGCUGGGCCGGCCCUUCCUGCCCCGGGGGGGGCAAAUCUUCUGCUCCCCCCGCUGUGCCCCCGGCAACGACAAGGACAGCACCGGGAACGGGAACGGCAGUACCCGGAACGGGAACAGCAACAACAGCCCCAACAGCAACAGCCUCGGGCACCGCAGCGCCCCCCGGAGGCGAUCCUGGGGAGGGGCACCCCCGGCUGGGCUCUGCUGACCUUUGACUUCUGUCCCCCCCUCCGGGGCGUGACCUUUGCACUGUGACCCCCGUGGCCGCCUCAGGGACCUCCCGACCCGUGCCCGGUGACCUUUGACCCCUCGAGCACAGUUUUAAUAAAGGGGCAGAGCCCCCGUUCGGUUCCCGGUG